ACAUCGUCCAUUUGAAGUUGCAACAGGGCCGCAACCACUACUGCCACACAUACUUGUAGCACAAGAGAAUGGAAUGUGGAACUUUGUUUACCAGUUCACUCAAGACUGGCAGAACCCAUGGUCAAGGGCAUUUGUGAAAUGCUCGAUUGUUAUUUACCUGCUUCGGCGUCUGAAGGUUGACUUCAAUUGGCAUUGUGCAGAUUGACUACGUUCCUUUCUCGGAGUGUCAUGCUGAAUCUCGCUGAGAAAUUCCCUUCAGGAGGCCGAAGCCUUCAAAAAAUGAUGGUCGGCGGGCUGUGGCGUUCGGAAACCACGGUAUUCUUGAUUUAGAAGAUCCAACACUGCCUUUUCUUUCGUUUUAUCUUCAUGAAGCUGAGGUAGCGACGAUGGGUUUGAAGAUUAGGAGAAGAAAAAAAAGAAAAAGAAAAGAGAGGAAGAGGCAGUUCUUAGGCACCGAUGGCGGUGGCAUCUCUGGGUGUUGCAGCACUUGCGGUUCGAACUUCCAAGGUAAAAUGGGUAGUUGGUGUUACUCUGAGUGGUUUUUGUUGCUACUCUCAGGGUAAACCGAUCUUCCACGCCCAAAGUGAUCGAAGUGUGAAUGGAAACAUCUCGCGGGCCAACUACAUGAUAACCAAGUUGAGCCGUGAGGGCAGGAUUGCGGAAGCCCGCCGAAUGUUUGAUGGAAUGCGUGAACGCGAUAUCGUUUCGUGGACUGCCAUCAUCUCAGGGUAUGUAAAGUGUGGGCUGGUGAUGGAGGCUCGUCGUCUCUUCGACAGGGCAGGAACGAAAAACGUGGUCACUUGGACAGCAAUGCUUGCUGGGUAUGUGCGGGCUGAGCGGAUAUCGGAAGCAGAGAAGCUUUUUCGUGAGAUGCCCGAGAGGAACACUGUUUCUUGGAAUACCAUGAUUGCCGGGUACGCACAGAACGGUGAGAUUGAUCGUGCCUGCGACCUGUUCUAUGAAAUGCCCGUGAAAAAUGUAGUCUCCUGGAACACGAUGAUCUCGUCAUUGGCUCAGCAUGGGAGAAUCGAGGAGGCACUAGAACUUUUCAGAAAGAUGCCUAGCAGAGACGUGAUUUCUUGGACAUCCAUGGUUGCUGGUCUGGCACAGAAUGGUAGGAUUGAUGACGCUAGACGACUGUUUGUUCAAAUGCCCGAAAGAAACGUUGUAUCUUGGAAUUCGAUGCUUGCUGGUUAUGUCCAGAAUUCCCGCUUGAAGGAAGCAGAGAUGCUUUUCAUUGAAAUGCCGGAGAGGGAUGUGGCUACGUGGAACAAUAUGAUUACGGGCUAUAUUCAGUCUGGCAAUUUGGAAAUGGCGCGACGGUUAUUUGAUGAAACUCCGGACCGGAAUGUAGUCACCUGGACUGCGAUGAUAAUGGGAUACUCAGAAAAUGGCCAUAAUGAAGAAGCAAUAAAGAUGUUCUCCAUGAUGCAGAGGGCUGGUAUCAGUGCCAACCAGGGCACGUUUGUUAGUGUUCUUGGUGCUUGCAGCAGCUUGGCUGGGCUGAAUGAAGGAAAGCAGAUACAUCAAAUUGUUUGUAAAACUAGAUACUUCUCGAAUUCAUUUGUAGACACAGCAUUGAUGAGUAUGUAUUCAAAAUGUGGAGAAAUCGAAACUGCUAGGUUGAUUUUUGAUAGGGCAGUGCAGAAGGAUGUCGUUUACUGGAAUGGGAUGAUUGCUGCUUAUGCAUAUCAUGGUCAUGGCAACGAGGCAAUUCAAAUCUUUCAUCAAAUGGUGGAUUGUGGAUUUGAUCCAAAUGACGUUACUUUUGUUGGAGUUCUAUCUGCUUGCAGCCAUGCUGGCAUGAUUGAUGAAGGUCUGAAGCUUUUCCACACCAUGAUCAGAAAUAAAUCCAUAAAGGCACGUGAAGAUCACUAUGCGUGUAUGGUCGAUUUGUGUGGCCGUGCUGGUAAGCUUAAAGAGGCUGUGGCUUUUAUCAAAAAUUUGAACAUUAAGCCUUCAGCAUGCAUCUGGGGUGCAUUGCUUGCUGCCUGUACUGUCCACGGUGAUCAAAGAAUAGGGGAAUAUGCAGCAAAGAAGCUUCUAGAGGUGGAACCUGAUAACGCUGGAACCUACCUUCUGCUGUCAAAUAUCUAUGCUGGAUCUGGGAAAUGGAAAGAAGCUUCCACUGUGCGGUUAAAGCUAAAGAACAAAGGAUUGAAGAAACAACCGGGAUGUAGUUGGAUUGAAGUGCAGAAUAGAGUGCAUGUGUUUAUUUCACGUGAUAAGUCUCAUAGCCAAGCAAACCAGAUAUAUGAUUUGCUUCAAAUUGUACACAGACAGAUGAAAAGAAUUGGAUACAUGCCUUGCAACAAUCUCGUUUCAUUAUUUAACCUAAUGGAAUGAUUCUUUUUCUUUCAA